AUGACAUUGGCUACACUUACUGCAGGCUUCAUAGCCCUAUGGAUGCUGCACGGGGCUCGAGAUCCUACCAUGUCAAAGACCUUGGCUUAUUCUCAAGUCAUCGGAAAAAUCAAAAGCAAAGUGAGGAUCUUUCAAGGCGAUUUUGCUUUCCUUGCCAACUACAGCUACACAUUGGGCGCAGACCAGCUCACCGACUUUGGAAAGCGAGAACUAGUAAAUUCAGGGAGGGCUUUCUUUAAUCGAUACGAAGAUCUUGCCAAGAACACCCUACCAUUUGUCAGAGCCUCGGGUCAGCCGCGUGUCAUUGACUCCGCUCAAGAAUUCAACAAAGGGUUUCAUCGUGAAAAGACAGCUGGAGGAACCCAGGAUGACGAGUACCCGUAUAGUGUGACUGUUAUCAGCGAGGCUGACGGUUCGAACAAUACCCUGGAUCACGGGCUUUGCACCGCUUUCGAGACCUCUAAUAUUAGCUCCACCGCUCAAGCCACAUAUGCCUCCGUAUUUACUCCAUCGAUCACUGCACGUCUGAACGCCAAUCUUCCAAACGCAAGCCUCACCCUUACAGACACAAUUUUCAUCAUGGACCUAUGCCCAUUCGAGACGGUGGUUUCAUCGUCCAGCAACCCCUCUCCUUUCUGCGCUCUCUUCACUCGAGCCGAGUGGAAGCAGUAUGAUUACUACCAAACACUGGGCAAAUACUAUGGCUAUGGCGCUGGUAAUCCGCUUGGACCUACGCAAGGUGUUGGAUUCGUCAAUGAGCUUGUUGCGCGCCUAACGGGGAAGCCGGUAGUUGAUCAUACGAGUGUCAAUCGAACGCUUGAUACAAACCCCAAUACUUUCCCCCUGGGAAGGAGCCUGUAUGCAGACUUCGGGCACGAUAACGACAUGACUGCCGUCUUUGCGGCGCUAGGACUGUAUAACAGCACCCUUCCUCUGAGCACGACUCAUACCAUGACUGUGGAAGAAAUGCACGGGUAUUCGGCCGCUUGGACUGUGCCUUUUGCGGCCCGGGCGUACUUUGAGAAGUUGCAAUGUGAUGGGGAGGAAGAAGAAAUGGUGAGAGUGCUGGUGAAUGAGAGAGUGCUGCCCUUGGAGAGUUGUGGAGGCGAUACACUGGGCAGAUGUAUGCUUGGUAGAUUCGUCGAGAGUCUCGGCUUUGCGCAAGCUGGUGGGUAUUGGAACCAAUGCUUUGAGGAAUCAGGCGAAAGAGGCGACGUCGAAGUGGCUUAG